GCUCGCCGCCACCGCCCCCUCCCCCGUCGCUGCUCGGGGCCGUUACCUGCGGCGGGGCUGCGCUGCUCUGCCCGCUCCGAUGCGGAGGCGAGGCGCCCGCAUCCAGGCCGGCGCAGCAAUGCUGAGUGACAAUAACUUUGUGAAGCUGAAAAGUGAUUGUUUACGUCGUGUGCAAUGGUGUGAGGUGGCUGCAGGUGAAGAUGAGAAGACCAAGCUGGUUUUUAAAAGCCUUGUUGCCCUGUCUGUGGUUGGAGGGUGCUUCCUGUACCUCCUCAAGUUACAUUUUGGCCCUGAAGAAUGUGACCGAACAAAGCUGCCAUACGUGGACCUCGAUCGUGUGAGGAGAGCACAGCAGUUUACCAGUGCCACACUGUGGGAGCAGUGCCGACCUGCCCAUGUGAAGAAAGAGAUGAGAAGGCUAUUUGGAGAGAAAUACAGCAUGGACAUGGCUCCCUUUGUGAGGAAGGCUCUCCAUGAGGAUGAGGCUUUGUUUAAGUAUGAGCCUCCCUUUGGAUUUCACAAGUUCUCUGACAAACUGACAAACCUCCUUGAGCUCUUACCUGAGCAUGGCUUACCAGAAGAGUUGAGGUCAAAGCACUGCAGGCGUUGUGUUGUUGUUGGCAGUGGUGGAAUUCUUCGUGAAUCAGAGCUGGGUCACCUGCUGGAUCAGUUUGAUGUUGUUAUCAGGUUAAAUGAUGCCCCAGUUCAAGGCUACACAGCCCACGUUGGUAACAAGACCACCUUACGGCUGACCUACCCUGAAGGUGCACCCCUGUCUGAGCUUGAGUACCCCCCUGCCAGCCUGUUUGUGGCUGUGCUCUUCAAGAGUGCUGAUUUCAGCUGGCUGCAAGCAAUGGUGACAAAUGAAACCCUGCCUCUGUGGGUGCGACUCUUCUUUUGGAAGGAGGUUGCUGAGAAAAUUCCUGUUUCCUCAAAGCAGUUUCGGAUUCUGAACCCAGUCAUCAUCAGAGAGACAGCUUUGGACAUUUUGCAGUUCCCUGAACCUCGACCAAAAUUCUGGGGUUGGGAUAAGGGUUGCGCACUGUUAGCCAGGAACAACUGAUAGCCUUGGAGGAGUUACAACAUAAACCUUGGGCUAGAGACGUGUAGGAUAACAUGUACUCAACUGAUAAGAAGAAGGAAUUUAUGACACGCUGACCUGUUUAUGUUACAAUGCUUGCUGUGUUACUCAGAAGUUAGAGCUAGGCAGAAGUUGUGAAAUCUUAGCAAUAAACUGAAUUAGAGUAGCCAAUCAGCAGUAUACACAAGAAGCUUAAUGAACCAAUCACUGAGAGUUAUCUGUAUAGAAUAGAACUGUAUUGCCUAUAAAAGAUCGUGGAUUUGUUACAAUAAACGGAACUUUCUUGGCAUCCAAGAGUCUCCCCGUCCCCUGUUGUGGCAUAUUGUAAAUAGCUGCUUGUAUAUUUGCUGCUGUAAAAUAAAUAGCUUCAUUUAUAUUCCUGGAGGCCUGUCUGAGUUAGCUGGGUACCUACAAAGUGUGUGGGGGGCGGAUUAAUGCCCAAACCAUCACAUUUUUUAUUGGCUUUCCCAACGUGGGGCUAAAUUUAUUUGAGUGACUAUUAAUUAGCUCUGGGAAUUAAAAUGAAGCUAAUUAGGCAGCUAUUGUACUUGUGUGGGGCAUUACUCUGGUCUGGUUUCGUUUUCUUGGCAUUUAGUUGGAUAAAAGCUCAAAUUGUUGCUUAUUUUAUUGAUUUAGCUUAUAAGAAGGCUAAAGCCAAAGUUUCAAGCAUGUUCUGGGCCUGGGGUCAUUUUAUCCUUGGUUAUGCUAGUUUUAGUGUCACGGAGAAUAUUACUAGUAACAUUACAGGAGCACUUAUCAAUAAUGUGACAAUCAAUCGAGAUUCUGCUUUAUCUACGUCUUUGAUGCGAAUAAUUCAGCCUAAGACUGGGAUUCCAGAGGUUUGUCAAGGAAAUUGCUCGUGCAAAACUGUUUUAAUUCUCUCAAUUUUUAAUGUAUGUCUCAUGAUUUUAAUAUUCAUAUUAAUUUUGGCAUUAUGUGUGAAAAAUUCAAAAACAGCUUCUGUAAGAACUAGGAAAAAUUCUGUGUCUCAAACGCAGUCUCUUUCACAGCAAAACAAGGGAACACAGUUAUCUGCUUCCCCCCUGCCAGCCUCUCCACCCUUCCCUCCAGAUUCUGGGAACAUGGCCAAUGUUCCUGGAGGGAAUGUAAACAAUAAGGAUAACAAUAACAAUGGGCAGAGUUUGGCAGGAGUCCCAGGAGCACAGGCAGGUACCCAAAAUCAGAAUGUUCCUAGCAACAACGAUAACACGUCAGGGUUGGCAGGCAUCCCAGGAGGACAGGCAAAUAAUCCCACUAAUGCUAAUGACACCAGCUCAGCCAGUUCGAAUCCCCAGCCAGCAGACCAGAAUCAGAGCCCUCCUGCUAAAAGUAAGGCAGAUUUGAACUCACAAGCUCCAGGUCAGACCCCCAGUAAUUCAAACCCUCCAGCAGACAUGUCCAAGUCUGUUGCUGCUCAGGCCCUUCUGGCACCUUCUAAGGCAAAAGCCAAGACACAGCAUUUGACAAAGUGUGGUUCACAGGAAGAUGUAAGAGAGUGGACCUCUGGUGAUCAGCAAGAGGAGGAAGAGGAGGCAGUGAGUCUGCGAGACCUCGCAAAUGUGCUGAGACAUUGUCAUGGAAGGGAUCAGAGCCCUUUUGCCCUGUUGCAGAAUUUUCAUUUAUACACACAAUUGUGGCUCAGAGGCCUUCCAUCGAAAAAGUCAAAACAAUAUUUUCUAUCUGCUUUCACUGAUGCAGCUGCUGUACCAGCAGACGUACAGGCCCUGGGAGAAUCUCUCUCUCAGAGAAACAAAAGACAUAAACAUGGCUAUGUUUUGGAAAAAGGGUUUGAAUUCUCAGACAUGGUGACCACUCAACAAACAUCUGCUGGGGGCUGACCCCUGGGUGGUUCCAUAAGUUGUUUUUGGUGAGAAUUAGCCUAUUGUAUAAGUUGAUUAUAACUUUGUACCAAUCUGUAAAGCUAACGCAAGUCUGCCUGAGUUGGUUGAACACACCUCUUCUAAAGUACUAUAAAAAAUAUACCCACUCGCACCUCUUGCACCUUAACUUAACUUAACUGGCCCCUCACUCUCUACCCUGCUCUAAUUGCACCUCUUUUGCUCGAUACCCUGAUCGCUGAUCACACACGCACACACACACGGCAUUCGCAUCGCAAACAACCAGCUCAGGACGGCACCGUUCCAGGCAGGGACCCGAUCCUUACAAGCCCCGGGAGUCAGCAUUCAGCUCGACCGGACCUGCGGAGCCUCAGACAACGUGCCUUGAAAUCCAUAAAGGCUUUGAAACUUUUCUGAACUGCAUUUGGGACAGUGAGUAAUUGAUAAACUUCUAUGUGAAACUGAAUAACCUCUCAAGACUUCAAUGAACUCUCUCAUAUCAUAGACUCUCUUCAUUUUAGUCAUUCUGUAUAUUAAAUCACAACUACGAACCAAGAAUCUACGUGGGAUAAUUACAAAUAAGUUUGGGGAAGGGAUUUCUAGUGCUUAUAAUAUUAAAUCAUUUAUACCUUUUUAUAAAACAUCGGCCUCGCAUAUCAUUCCUCAAACCUUCCCCCCCCAAACAAACUUUCCCGUCCGCGACAGACAUCAAUACUCAAAUGAGAGGAGCGUUGUGAGGUUGGCUG